AUGCAAAAUACAUCAUUUGAGAAUCUACCAACUCCAUCAGUGUUGGUUGACGAAGAUGUCGUCAUUAGGAACUGCAAGAGAAUGAUUGAGAGAGCUCAACAGUUGGGUGUUAACAUUAGACCUCAUAUGAAGACUCAUAAGACAAUUGAGAUUGGUAAAUAUCAAACUGAUGGACUGCAGCUCAAGAAGAUCAUUGUGUCAACAUUGGCUGAAGCACGUUUCUUUGCAAAGUCGGGUCAGUUUAGAGAUAUACUGUAUGCCAUCCCAAUCGCUCCAAACAAGUUGCAUGAUGCCGCACUCAUUCAUGCGAGCAUCGAUGCCUUGCAUCUGAUGGUUGAUCAUCCAGAUCAUAUCCGUGCUCUUAUCGACUUCCGCAAAACCAACCCUACAUUGUUAGCCAACAAGAAGUGGUCAGUGUUUGUAAAGAUCGACUGUGGAUACCAUCGUGCCGGUGCCGAUCCAGCCUUGCCAUCAACCAUCGCGCUUGUGCGCUCGAUCGUCCAAGAGCACGUCCAGCACUUUGACUUCCAGGGCAUCUACUCGCACUCUGGCCACUCAUACCGCCAGCAGACACCUGCCGAGAUUGCCAAGAUCGCCAUCUCAGAGGCAACUGUCACUGGUGACUUUGGAAAGAAGCUGGUGCAAGCUGGACUCCCAUGUCCCAACGUGUCUAUUGGAAGUACCCCAGUGUGUUGCCACUUGCCCGACAACCUUCGUGAGCUUGGUGUAACCGAGGUGCAUCCUGGAAACUAUGUCUUUUACGACAUGAUGCAGGUGGAACUAGGAAAUUGUACAUUGGACGACGUUGCAGUGUCUGUAGUGGGACGCGUGAUAUCCGUGUACCCCGAGCGCAAUGAGCUCCUGAUCGACGCUGGUUCACUGGCCCUUUCAAGCGACCCUGGAUGCACACAUCUGGUUGGUCGCCAGCCAGGCUAUGGUAUCGUGGCUGAUGCUCCACAUCUCCGUGUCGUUGGAGUCACUCAAGAGAUUGGCAAGAUCCAGUCGAGUGAUCCAACCAAGACCAUUGACUUUAGUGCCUAUCCCAUUGGCAAGGUGGUACGAGUGUUCCCCAAUCACAGCUGUCUAACAGCAGCCAUGUUUAGCAACUAUCAAGUAUCAGACAAGUCUGGAUGUAUCCAUCAAACAUGGAUUCCAGACAAACAUUGGUAA